CUACAAGAGAAGUGUAUAUAAAGAAAAAAAAUGCUUGACAAACUUAUAGGAGGGUACGGGUACGGCCACAAGAAUCACAGAAGCAGUGGCUACUCCUUCGAGGAGCACAAGGAGUUCAUGUCUUAUGAAGAGUCACAAGGAGGCUACUUUGACCGUCAAGCCCGAUACGAUCACCACAUGAGGCUUCCUGCCAACCACGGCCGUCCACCCAUGGCUCACAUGCCUGCCUUUGAUGAAGAAGAUUCAGACUCAGAGGUGGAGGAGUUUUAUAAGAGCAGCCAGAGCCACCACACUACGGUGCUGCCACAUCACGGCAACAACCACCACCAACAGCCACCUCAUAUGAACUUCAUGCCCCCACCUCCGAUGGCUCAACCUCACCACCAUGGAAAGAUGGGUAAUGAAUGGCAGGGGAUGCAUGAAGAUGCAUACUAUGGAGGGCAGGGGAUGCAGCAACACGGUGGGCAUGGGAUGAAGCAUCUGGACAAGCUUAUGACUCCUAAGGUUCCACCACAUCAUGUAUACAUGAUGAACCCUAGCCAUAGCAGUGGCAGUGGCCACUCAGUAAUGUUUAAGGCUUCGGAGAACUGGCGAGUCAGCAACAGUAGCAGCCUCCACCACAAGGCCGGAUGGGGUAAUAGGCGACCCUGACUGCACCCAAGUACUGUGCCGGUUCACAAAAUGAAAAAAUGACUAAGUAUACUAAAUAAUAAAAGCAUAACUAAGAUAUGUGCGUGAUCAUGAACAUGUUCCAGUAUCGUACUAAAACCAAAUAUGUGACUUUUCACAAAAAAGAAAGAAACAAUGUUCUUUUUUGAUGGACGUAUGAUUACUAAGGAGUGUUGUUGUUGAUGUGUAUGAUAAAUAAAAGUGGUUGAUUGCCUCGUGCUCCCCGAAAGGUUGAUUGCAGGAAAUUAGUUUCUACGAAAUAUUAGAUU